GCCGAGUGAGUGAGCGCGCGCACGCCCGCCGCCCGCGAUGUUACGGUGCGCAAGCCCGGCUGCACUGCAGGACCGGACCACUCGCGCAUACGCAGCGGCACGACCCACCGGCGGAGGCGGUCCGCGUGCCCGCGAUUUUUUCCCUUUCUUCAAUGUGUCAAUGUCGAGCGAUUCGCCACGGUCGCCAGAAGUAGUCGCCGAGUCGGAAGCAACAUGUGCUGUACACGCGAUUCCGAGUUGAGUGCGGUUAGGGUUUUUGACGCUCGUGCCGCCGACGACGAAGCCGUUACCGCGCUCUGCCGCUAACUGUCGCCGGUGAUAUUAUAUUAUCGCUAUCAUUAUUAUAUUAGUGUCCUGACCGUUUUGUCGUUCGAAAGUCUCUCGCCGCUUCCGGUCAUCGCGUACGUCGUUAAUUAUAUAUAACGGUAUAAUAUUAUAAUAUACUUAUUGUCGUUUCGUGAUUUUUUUUUCCGUUCGUUUUUCCGCGUUUCGCGCCCGCCGCCGCGAAAGGAUAAUAAUUACGGCCUUAUCGAACCUUUGGAUCGAAAAAUCCAAAACCUGGCGCAUCGGUACGACGACGAUCUUUACGGCGACGUCAUGUUUCCGGGCGGCUGUUGCGACGAUCCCGCGGCCGUACCGUCGUCCAUGUACACCGCCGGCGGCACGAUGAUGCCUCUAGCCGUGACCGGUUUCGCGCCGGCCGCGGUAGACCGUCAUCGUCACUCGUACGCGCCACAUCUUCAGCAGCAGCAGCAGCAGCACCAUCACCUCCAACAACAACAACACGGAAAUCCGCAGUUGUCGUACCACCAACUGUGCGACUCGCCCGCGAUGCAGCGCCGCAACCAGAAUCUGUGCGCCGCGAUGUCGCCGGUCACGUCGCUGGACAACGGCUACCGGUCCGUGUCUUCGUCGUCGCUGUCGCCGCCCAUGUCCUCGUCGUCGUCGAUGUCGCCCGUGUCGUACCAGCCCGUCUACUCGCCCAACCAACCGUCGUACGACUGUCACGGCGUGCCCGCUCAUCCGUCGGUGGCCGACUUUCCGCCGCCGCAGCCGCACAACCAAUAUUACAUCCCUUACGACAGCAAUCAUCCCCCGAUGGGCGGUCUGAACGACGCUCAAGUGCCGGUGCCCGCGAUGUUGCCGAACCACUCUUUACACAAUAACAACAACAACAAUUAUUACCAUAGCAGUAACAACAACAAUAACAGCUAUAACAACAACAACAACAACAACUAUAACAACGUCAAAUACAACAACAUCAACAAUAACAACAACCCUUAUACCGAUCGCUGCGAAUACCGGAACGUGAUCGCCGAUAAACCCACCACGAACAAUUCUAGCCGACAAAGUCGAAAUCUGGCAGAAAAACAACGACGAGAGAAGUUGAAUAAUUUUAUCGCAGAACUUACAAAACUUGUUCCAUUGAUAUCAAAUGCUUCUAAGAAAAUAGAGAAAACUAGUGUUCUUAGACUCAGUGCUGCAUAUCUUCGGUUGAAUCGAUUCUUAGUCGGCCUAAAAGAAAAACGUAAAGAACUGCCAGUUUAUAUAAAGGAGGUUAACGUGGCUGAUCUUCUGUUGGACGAUAACGAUAUAUACCUGAUGGUCACAUCGGCUGGAAAAAUAGUGUUUGUUUCCCAUUCCGUGGAGAAUAUAUUAGGCUAUUCACAGAUUGAUCUCAUGGGCCAAUCGCUUUUUAAUAUUGCCAAUCCCAAAGAUCACGAUGAACUUAAAAAAAACCUGAAGUAUCAUCAAGAUGAAACCUCAAACGACACCAGUAUCAUUCCGAAUGAUGACUCUUCGCUGAAUGUUAAACAAAAUAGUAAUGAAAAUUAUAAAAUACAACGUCGAUCAUUUUAUUUACGGUUAAUCAAGAAAGUUGUUUCUCGUGAUGAACAACCCGAGUUGGAGUUGGUACAUGUGAUGGGGACAUUAAUGGUUCAAAAUUCCGGAAAUAAAAAUAAUGAAAUUGGUGAAAAUGAUGUAGUAUUGAAUGCAGUAGUCAGGCCAUUCAAUGAACGACGUGUAACUGAAGUAUCAAUGUUAGAAGCAACUCGUGAAGAAUAUAUAACCAGACAUCAAAUUGAUGGUCGUAUAAUAUAUGUAGAUCACAGAAUAUCUAUUGUAUCUGGAUUUAUGCCUCAAGAAGUAUCUGGACAACUGGCAUUCAAAUAUAUGCAUAGAGAUGAUGUACGUUGGGUGAUGAUCGCUCUAAGACAAAUGUAUUUUAAGGGUCAAAGUUUUGGAAGUAGUUGCUAUAGAUUGUUGUCGAAAAAUGGAGAAUUUGUGUAUAUGAGAACACAUGGUUUUUUGCAAUUGAAUCCAAAUGAGGAUACAAUUGAAUCGUUUAUCUGCGUUAAUACCUUAGUGCCCCCAGAACAAGGAAAAAAAGAAAUAAUCGAAAUGAAAAAACGGUUUACACCAUUAAUAGUCGCUGCAUCUGAACCUGGUAUUGCUGCAAUAACUAACAAUCAAUUUAUGGAAAAAGAAUCUACUGCGACAUUAGAAGAUGUUACCGAAGAUCUGAAAACACUAGACAAGGUGGUCGAACAAAUGAUUCAAAAUAUUCCUGAACCAGCAAUGGACAAUUUUAAAGUUACUGCAAAGAAUCCUGGACCUUUACCAGAUAACCAGGAGUAUAUGAGAGUUGCCCUUUUGUCUAAGUCAAUACCACCAGUUUCAGUAGCAUCUAAUGCACCAAAAAUUUAUAAACGAUCAUCUUUAUCCCCUCAGUCCAAUGUUAAGCCAGUUGUAACUCAGGAUCGACCAUCUGUUCUUCGAGUGGCACCACCAAUUUCUCGACAACCUGUACUAGUUUACAAUCAUCAAACUUAUGACAAAACCACAGAGAAAGACAGAGCUUAUUUAGAGCGUAGGGGUGGCAUAUUUGUCUUACCUAAGAGACAAAACGAUUCUCAUGUAAUACCAGAUAACUUGCCAAAAAAAGCAAAAAUGGUUCUAGAGCCACAAGUUGAAUCACCUGCUUGUAGCAAUUACAGCAAUCAAGCAAAUUUACAGUCUGACAAUCAGCUAAGCACUAAAGGAUGUAUUGACAAUUUUUCUAAUUUUCAAGCUACUCCAAUUCAACUAAUUUCACACAGCAUCAAUGAACAUAAUAUUGAUCCUAUAAUUGAUGAUGUGACGGAUAUUGAACAUUUUUCGAAAACAAUUGACGAUAAUGAUUUGUUCUUGGGACCAGAUAGUUAUGAUUCAUUUGUUAAUGGUGUUUAUGAUGAAGUAAAUCCAAUAGAUAUCAUUGAAGAUCCUUUAAUUCAUAAUCUGCAAUACAACCGGAGUUUAGAAAGUGCAUUACUUGAGAAAAAGCAAAACACACUAAAGACAAAAAUGGACCAACAACAAGGUCAACUGAAAGAAAUCCAGACAGAGUUAAAUUCGCUUUCUUCAAAUGCUAACACUCAUUAUCUAGCUACAGAUUUUUCUCACUUAAAGGCUGAACAUGAGCAUCAACAGCAAGUGUUACGUGAACUACAAGGUGUCCACCAAAACAUCGGAGUGUGACUAUCAAUGCAAUAUUAUGUAACUUAAUAUUUCACUUGGCACGUAUGAUUGGCUUGAUAUAUUUAUAUUCUUAUUGAUCCUGGUUUUAGAAAAAUACAAAUUAAACAUACAACGUCAUAACCAAAUUAAAACUGUAAAUUGUAAACUACUUGUUAAUUUGUAUUUAUAUAUAAACAUAUAUAUAUAUAUAUAUUCUUUUAACUUAAAUUUAUUUAGUGUCAUUUGUCUUAUUUCCUAAGUUAUCUAUUUGUUAUAGUUAUAGUUAUUAUUACUAUUAUUAUUAUUAUUAUUAUUAUUAUUAUUAUUAUUAUUAUUAUUAUCGUUACCUAGUAUUUGUAUGACACUACUAUAAGUAGUUACAAAGACUCCUAAGUUUCUUUACCUUUUGUUGUUUUGUUUUACAUUCUUUUAUAUGGCAGAUGCUCAAAAAAUUUAAUAGUGACUGACUCGUGUUCAUUAUUAUACAUUUUUAUUAAUUUUUUUUUUUUUUUUUGUAAUAUUUUAAUAAAGUUAUCAACAAAUUCAAACAUAUAUUUUUAUAGCAUCGCAAAUACAAUUUUAUUCAAUAUACCUCCUAAACAGGUGGUUAAACUAUAAACAAUUUUUUAAAUAACAAUUUUUUGUCAGUGCCAUGAGUUUUCCCAAUGUCAACAUGAAAUGAUCUUUAAAUUAUAUGUUACCACAAUAUUAUCCUUUCCAUUUAUAAUUUUAAAUUAUAUACUGUAUUUACUAUAUUAGAUUUGUAACAAGUUAGUUAUAAAUUUAAUUAACUAUUUUGUAUUUUUAAAAAUUUGAUAAUAAUAUAUACUAUAAACGUGUGUGUGUGUGUGUAUUUAUAUACUAUGUAUAAGUGUUCUAUAAUUUAUAAUUUUCUCUAAAUACAUUGAGCAUUUUAAUACAAAAAGAAUUAAUAAUUUAUGUCCAAUGAUUUAUAUAUUUAUAUAUACUUAUGUACAAACAUAUUUAUAUAUACAUAUAUACAUAUACAUAUUAUAUUUUAUUUUUAAUUAUUAUUUUAAUAUAACUAUUAUUAUUUGUUUA